CUUCUUUUAUUAUUUUAUAUGUAUAUAUGCUUACGUUUAUAUAUUGACAAAGAAGAAAUAGAUUAAUAUGAGUGUAUAGGAAUUAUAAAAUAGAAGUCGACUCGGCAAAGAAAUAGCGGAUGAUCUGCUGAAAGUUAGGCUUUCCCAGUUUUAAGUUUUCCAGAACAUUCAAAGACGUGUUUCUUGAUACAAAAUUUAGGUGAUCUUUUUUGUUCUAGAUUCAGAUCGUCCUUCUUUCAGUUGAAUUCUUUAUAAGAAUUCCGGGUUUAUAUAGAUCUCGGCGUUGAACAGUCUUUUGGUCAAUCGAAUUUGAUUUUCUUGAUUCUGCUCUAGAUUUUUCAGGUUAGUUUCUUGAAAUUCGUAAAAUUGACCUCGAAUGAUUGAUUUUUGGUUGAAAAUUGAAUGGAUUUGUGGUUUUUUGAAUUGUGAUGUAUCGAAACAUCUGUAUCAGGUUUUAUAGUAAUACCAUUUCUUAUGUGUAAACUGUUCCUAUUGUUCUUUACUUCCCUGCCAAAAUAAAUUUGCAAGUUUUUGCUUGUAUAUUGCCAAUUAUCUUAAAGUAUAGAAGUGUUCUUUUUCUUGUUUUUUGGUUUAGGCUAUUCCUGUCGUUUCCUCUCAUUAGAGCUGUAGUCCUAGCAUUGGAUUGGAUUGAUGUGAAAUGCAGAGAUCACGCAGGGCUCUUCUGCAAAGAAGAUCUUUGGAGAAGGCAAUAGGUGGAAGGACUCACUUGUAUAAAGUUUCUCUUUCUCUUGUUGUUGCUCUUUGGGGCCUUGUGUUUCUCUUGAAUAUAUGGUUUGGCCAUGGUGAUCGUCACAAAGAUGAAUCUCGUGAGUUCCCUUUUGGUACAAGAACGGGGGAUGAAGAUCAAAUGGGGUCCGAUAGGAGUCCCAUAUUAAAGGUGGAUGAAAAUCGUGUCGUGGGAAUUCAUCCAGAAGACUCUAUUGUUAAUUUGGGUGCAGAGGGUGAAUCAAAAAUCAUGUCAGCAAGUGUGAAGUCUGAACCGGUCAUUGCAGACCAGACUGAGGCCAACAGAUUGGACUCGCUGGAGAAUCCUAAGGACACUUCUAAAAGUGACAAGUUAUCUCGUGCAGCCCUUCCAGGUCUCGAUGAAUUCAAGAACAAGGCAUUAAAUUCUAGAACUAGACAUUUAAGUGGUGAGGCUGGAAACAUUAUUCACAGAGUGGAGCCUGGAGGGACAGAAUAUAACUAUGCUUCUGCCUCAAAAGGAGCAAAGGUCUUGGCGUACAACAAGGAAGCAAAGGGUGCUUCUAAUAUCUUAAGUCGAGAUAAGGACAAGUACCUUCGAAAUCCUUGCUCUGCCGAGGAAAAGUUUGUUGUCAUAGAACUUUCUGAAGAAACAUUAGUGGAUACAAUUGAAAUUGCAAAUUUAGAACACUACUCAUCUAAUCCGAAAGAUUUUGAGCUACUCGGAAGUCCUGUUUAUCCAACUGAUUCUUGGGUUAAACUUGGAAAUUUCACUGCCGGUAAUGUGAAACAAGCUAAAAGAUUUGUUCUUACAGAGCCAAAAUGGAUGAGAUAUCUUAAACUGAAUUUAUUGAGUCAUUAUGGUUCAGAGUUCUACUGUACACUGAGUGUUCUAGAAGUGUAUGGAGUGGAUGCCAUUGAGAAAAUGCUUGAGGAUCUGAUCUCAGUUCAGGAUAAGAUAGCAGUAUCCGAGGAACUGGUUAACGAACAGAAAACUACAUCCAACCAGCACAUGACUACUGAGAGUGAUCAUUGUCAAGAUGCAUUUGAUGAACCUGUUAAUGAACUUGGAAACUCUAAUGGUAAACAUGGAGCCACUGGAACCGAUGUGCCGGACCCAGUUGAAGAAAUUCGUCGUCAGCAGGUUAACAGGAUGCCCGGGGAUAGUGUUCUAAAAAUUCUAAUGAAAAAAGUUAGAUCCUUGGAUUUGAAUUUGUUGGUUCUGGAGCGAUACUUAGAGGAGUUAAAUUCCAGAUAUGGUAACAUUUUCAAAGAAUUUGAUAAAGAAAUUGGAGAAAAAGAUGUCAUUUUGGAGAAUAUCAAGUCAGACAUAAGGAGUUUCUCUGACAGCAAGGAGGUCAUGAGUAAGGAGAUCAGCGACCUUCUAUCUUGGAAAUCUCUUGUUUCCACACAACUAAAUGAUAUAUUCAGAGACAAUGCUGUUCUCAGAUUGGAGGUCGAAAGGGUUCGGAAGAAUCAGUUGCACAUUGAGAAUAAAGGAAUUUUUAUAUUUCUGUUAUGUAUAGCUUUUGCAUUCUUAGCUCUUUUAAGGAUGCUGACAGAGUUGAUUUUCAGUGUUUAUGGGUCCCAAAAGUCCAGGAAAUUUUGUUCAAAUGGGUCUUCCUGGUUUUACCUAUUACUGAGCAGUAGCAUUACUUUGAUCAUCUUAUCUUUGUAAACCUUCCAAUUAAUUAAUUCUUUUACACAUUAUAUAAUAUACUCUUUUUUUCAUUA